CCGAACCCAGCUCCUCGCUCCCCCGGACGCCGCAACUGCGACGAAAUUCCCUACGCCGAGUCUAGCAUUGCGUUGUUCAAGGCUGGCGAAAGGCCACGUUUGGCGGAGUAAGAGAAGGGCGAUACCACACAAUUGAGCGAGGGCUCGCGGCGAGAGUCGUGACUCGGGCAAGAUGGACAAGAAGCAUGAGGAUGUCGGUGGGGUCGCGCAGAUUGACAAGACAUCUGUAUUCCAGGAAGCACGAGUCUUCAAUCAGAGCCCUAUCUCGCCUCGGAAAUGCAGAGUGAUAUUGACUAAGCUGGCAUUACUGCUCUUCACCGGCGAGAGCUGGGGGAGGCAGGAGGCUACGACACUCUUCUUCGGCAUCUCAAAACUCUUCCAAAACAAAGAUGCCUCCCUCCGUCAGAUGGUGUACCUUGUCAUUAAGGAACUCGCUGGCUCCGCAGACGACGUUAUCAUGGUUACGUCCUCGAUAAUGAAAGAUACGUCCGUCGGCAGCGAUGUCGUAUAUCGCCCAAACGCCAUCCGCGCCCUCUGCCGGGUUAUUGACGCCUCCACCGUCCAAGCCAUUGAACGUCUCGUCAAGACAUGCAUAGUGGACAAGAACCCCUCGGUCGCUUCCGCUGCGCUAGUGUCGUCAUACCACCUCCUUCCGGUCGCAAGAGACGUUGUGCGGAGAUGGCAGUCUGAAGCCCAGGAAGCAGCAUCAGGCAGCAAAUCCGGAGGUGGCUUUUUGGGUGGUUUUGGGGGCAGCUCGCAUAGCGCCCUUCAAGCCAGCACAAACUACAUGACGCAGUAUCAUGCCAUUGGAUUGCUAUACCAGAUGAGGGCGGGUGAUAGGAUGAGCUUGCAAAAGAUGCUGCGGGACUACUCCAACCCCGGUGUUGUGAAGAGCCCUGCUGCCACCGUCUUCCUAGUUAGGAUCGCAGCAAAGCUUGCGGAGGAAGACCCGAACCUGCGCAAGCCCAUGAUGCAACUCCUCGACGGCUGGCUGCGCCACAAGUCCGAAAUGGUCAACUUCGAAGCAGCAAAGGCCAUCUGCGACAUGCGCGACGUUACCGAGGGCGAACUUGUACAAGCAGUACAUGUCCUCCAGCUCUUCCUCACCUCUCCUCGUGCGGUCACCAAAUUCGCUGCUCUAAGGAUAUUGUCGACCAUGGCAUCUUUCAAGCCAGAUGCAGUCCGAUCUUGCAACCAGGACAUUGAGGCGCUUAUUACCAAUUCAAACCGCAGCAUUGCUACCUUCGCCAUCACGACGCUGCUGAAAACGGGCAACGAGUCGUCGGUUGACAGACUUAUGAAACAGAUCACCGGCUUCAUGGCUGAAAUCACUGACGAAUUCAAGGUCACCAUUGUCGAAGCGGUUCGCACAUUAGCACUCAAGUUCAAAGCCAAACAGUCCGGCUUCCUCGCCUUCCUCAGCGGCAUCCUGCGCGACGAAGGUGGUUAUGAGUUCAAGAGGGCAGUGGUUGAGGCGAUAAUGGACCUGAUCCGAUUCGUGCCGGAAGCGAAAGAAGACGCUCUAGCAACGCUCUGCGAAUUCAUCGAGGACUGUGAGUUUACCAAACUGGCUGUCAGGAUACUCUUCGUUCUUGGCAGGGAAGGACCGUCGACACCACACCCGACAAAGUACAUCCGGUACAUCUACAACCGAGUGGUGCUGGAGAACGCUAUUGUUCGAGCCGCUGCCACGUCUGCUCUCGCCAAGUUUGGUGUUGGCCAGAAGGACCCAGAGAUCAAGAAAUCUGUCCACGUGCUUCUUACUCGAUGUCUUGACGACGUUGAUGACGAAGUCCGAGAUCGCGCAGCUCUCAACCUUCGGUUAAUGGAUCAGGACGACGAUUUGGCCGUAACUUUCGUCCGCAACGACUCCAUGUACUCGCUGCCUGUGCUCGAGCAUCAGCUUGCCAUUUACGUCAGUUCUGACUCACGCGACACCUUCGAACACGCCUUCGACAUCUCCAAGAUACCCACCGUGUCCCGGGAGCAGGCAGAUGCGGCAGACCUCACAAAGAAGACCGAAGGCUCCACACCCACUCUUAAGGCACCCAGCGCUGCCAAGGCACCUACGAAAGCAGGUGCCGAUGCCGCUGCAUCAGCGACCGCGGCGGCGCAGCAGUAUGCUGCAGAAUUGCAGAAGAUCCCAGAAUUGGCGGCCCAUGGUGGGGUGCUCAAAUCAAGCAGCGUGGUCGAGCUCACUGAAUCCGAGACGGAAUACGUCGUCUCUGCUAUCAAGCACAUUUUCAAGGACCACGUGGUUAUCCAGUACAACAUCAAGAAUACUCUCCCAGACACCGUUCUAUUAGACGUGGAAAUGGUCGUCACGCCAGAAGACGAUGGGGAUGUCCAGCUAGAGGAGGAAUUCAUUAUUCCCGCCCCUAAACUCCCUACGAACGAGCCCGGUACGGUCUACGUCUCCUUUAAGCGCCUGGAGACCGAAUCACAGUUCAUCGCCACCUCCUUCACGAACGUGCUCAAGUUCACCAGCAAGGAGAUAGAUCCAAGCACGGGUGAGCCGGAAGAGGGUGAGGGUUACCCUGAUGAGUACCAGGUCGAAGACUUGGACGUCAAUGGCGCGGACUAUGUCGUCCCUGCUUAUGCAGGCAGUUUCGACAAUGUCUGGGAGCAGUCGAACGGCGAUUCGGCAAUAGAGACAUUGCAACUGAGCAAUAUAAAGAGCAUAUCUGAUGCUACCGAACAGCUAACAAAGACCCUUUCGCUCCAACCACUCGAAGGCACAGAUGUCCCCAUGUCCAAUUCGACACAUACACUCAAGCUGUAUGGCAAGACGGUUACUGGUGGCAAGGUUGCUGCUAUGGUGCGGAUGGCUUUCAGUGCUAAGACCGGCAUCACAAUGAAGAUCGAAGCGCGGAGCGAGGAAGAGGGUGUGGCGGCAUUGGUUGUGGGUAGCGUGGCAUAAUUUGUCUCCUUAUUACAUUUUGGGACUAGUUUGGAGCGAGGCAUAGGAGCCGCACCAUGAGCAAUGAGCACGAGCCCCUGUAUGAGAGGCUGUUUUGUAACGCCUUUGUAGGCCAGCCCGGAGUCGCGCGCAAGAUAGUAGGAUUCAAAAGGAAUGAUAACACUUAUGAAGUUCACUCGUAUCCUUCACACGCUUGCGCAGAUGCC